UGUCAGGGUGCUUAAGGAGAGAUAUUUUGAAAGAUAAAGAUAGCUAGAUCCAAGGAUUUCAUGAUUUCAAUGAAUGAAUGAAUGAUAUUCUAAGCAAGCUUGCAUUAGCAAAAAGAAAUAAAAAUAAAAAGCACACGUGUAACUGUCGCAUGAAAGUUUCCAUGGAAUACUCGCGCUUCCGUUCACGUGGCAGACUAGACUACCCCGCUUCCAUAUUCAGUACUCUCUCCAAACCUUAAUCAGUCUUCACUGAUCUCUCGUCUCUCCCCUAUCCAAUCCCCAUAGAUUAUUAUUGCUGCUGCUUAACACAGAGGAAUAAGGAAGGCUCACUCACUCCGAGCUGUUUCUUUUCUGCUUCGCUAUUUCUCUCUCUCUCUCCCUCCCUCCUUUUUUUUUUUUUUUUAAUAUUGGAAUCCUUAUUGAACUUCUGGUCUGGGGUUAGGAUCAAGUAUCUCAUCCAUUCCAUGUUUGGUCUUUUCGUUACCCAAAGGAAAAGAGAAGAAUAAGAUAAGGAUAGAAAUAUAGGAAAGCAAAGAUGCUACACUCAUCUUUUAUAUCCAAAUCAAAUGGUACCAAGUUUCCUUCCUUCGCUUCCGCAAAUGCAACCCUUUCUUCCUUCCGAGCUUCUUCUCAUUUUCAAAUGGGAUUGAAGUGGAGUAAAAUUGCAUUCAGUAGCAGCAGCGGGCAACGACUUUCAAGUAAGGCAAGGAGCCGUGUCAAGCAUAGGACAGCAAACGUCUACGGGCGUCAGGCAAGAGAACGUGUACUUGAGGAAGAGGCCUCUGAAAUGGCAGAAGCCACACCAUCCUUUAAAAUUUUUCCAGGUCAGGCAUUUCCAUUAGGUGCAUCAGAAGUUGAUAAUGGGAUCAAUUUUGCCAUUUUUUCACAGCAUGCGACUGCAGUUACACUUUGCUUAUCACUUCCCCAGAGGGGAGAACUUGACAUGCUGGCUGGUGGAAUGAUCGAAUUUUCUUUGGACCCUAAUCUCAACAAAACUGGAGAUAUUUGGCACAUAUGCAUUGAGGAUUUGCCUCGGAGCAAUGUCCUCUAUGGUUAUCGCAUUGAUGGUCCCAAAGAUUGGGACAAAGGGCAUCGGUUUGACAGCAACAAUAUUCUUAUAGAUCCUUAUGCAAAGCUAGUAGAAGGUCGUCGAAAUUUUGGAGAUGCAAAGCAUAAAUUAUCAAAAUUUCUUGGAACAUACGAUUUUGAUAGUUUGCCUUUUGACUGGGGAGAAGACUACAAGCUCCCAAAUAUCCCCGAGAGAGAUCUUGUCGUAUAUGAAAUGAAUGUUCGUGCAUUUACAGCUGACGAAUCUAGUUGCUUGGAUCAAGAUAUACGGGGCACUUAUGCUGGUCUGAUAGAGAAGAUCCCACACCUUCUAGAACUUGGAAUCAAUGCAGUGGAGUUGCUUCCUGUCUUUGAGUUUGACGAGUUCGAGUUUCAAAGGCGCCCCAAUCCCAGAGAUCACAUGAUCAAUACAUGGGGUUACUCGACGAUAAAUUUCUUUGCUCCUAUGAGUCGUUAUGGUAGUGGUGGUGGAGGAGCUGUCAGUGCUUCUCGGGAGUUCAAAGAAAUGGUUAAAGCCUUGCAUGGGGCUGGAAUUGAGGUGAUUUUGGAUGUUGUUUAUAAUCACACUAAUGAAGCUGAUGAUAAGCAUCCUUAUACCACUUCAUUUCGUGGCAUAGAUAACAAGGUUUAUUACAUGGUGGACUUAAACAACGAAGGUCAACUGCUAAACUUCUCUGGCUGUGGGAAUACAUUCAACUGCAAUCAUCCUGUUGUCAUGGAGCUCAUACUUGACAGCUUAAGAAACUGGGUUGUUGAAUAUCACAUAGAUGGAUUUCGGUUUGACCUUGCUAGUGUACUUUGUCGAGGCACAGAUGGUUCUCCUCUUGGUGCUCCUCCACUUAUCAGGGCUAUUGCAAAAGAUGCUACCUUAUCAAGGUGCAAAAUUAUUGCUGAACCUUGGGAUUGUGGAGGGCUCUAUCUUGUUGGCAGUUUUCCUAACUGGGACAGGUGGGCUGAGUGGAAUGGGAAGUACCGUGAUGAUCUAAGAAGAUUUAUAAAGGGCGAUCCUGGUAUGAAAGGAGCAUUUGCAACUCGUGUCUCCGGAUCUGCUGACCUCUACCGUAAAAAUAAACGCAAGCCAUACCAUAGUGUUAAUUUUGUCAUUGCACAUGAUGGCUUCACCCUCCGUGAUCUUGUUUCAUACAAUUUUAAGCACAAUGAAGCCAAUGGAGAAGGUGGAAAUGAUGGAAGCAAUGACAACUUUAGUUGGAAUUGCGGGUUUGAAGGAGAAACUGACAAUGUUGAUAUUAUUGCCCUGCGUUUCCGGCAAAUGAAAAACUUCCAUUUGGCAUUGAUGGUAUCACAGGGAGUUCCUAUGAUGCUAAUGGGAGAUGAAUAUGGGCAUACACGAUACGGGAAUAACAACAGUUACGGGCAUGAUACUGCUCUUAAUAAUUUCCGGUGGCAACAGUUGAAUGCAAGGAAGAGUGACCACUUCAGGUUUUUCUCUGAGGUGAUACACUAUCGGCAAAAGCAUCGAGUAUUUUCCCAUGAGAAUUUUCUCGACAGAAGUGAUGUGACUUGGCAUGAGGAUAACUGGGACAACCCAGACAGCAAAUUCCUCGCAUUUACGCUUCAUGACAAAGGUGGUGGAGAAAUCUAUCUGGCAUUCAAUGCUCAUGACUUUUUCGUUAAAGUUUCUAUACCCCCGGCACCACCAAAGAGGCGUUGGUUCCGUGUGGUGGACACCAAUCUUGCGUCGCCGGAUGAUUUUGUGGGUGAAGGAGUCCCUGGAAUUGGCAGCACCUAUAAUGUGGCUCCAUACUCUUCCAUUCUUCUUGAAGCUAAAUAAUUAUGAGCUGACCUGAACCCCUUGGACUUUGGAUUAGAAGACGAUCAGAUUUGUUAUCCUAUUUGCAAAGCUUUGUUAAAUCUUCUUAAAAGUUGAAACUUUUUAGCAAAUGUGAAAACUAAUAUAAUCAAGCGAUAAAUAGUUCGUUUUCAUAUUUACAUCUUCACAUUUUAUUUGAUUAAUUAGAAUGCGUUGUACAUGAUUAAAAUUGUAAGUGCUUCAAAAAUAUAAUAUUUUACAAUAAUAAA